AUGAGAAAUACAAGAUGUUUGGAAUAUUUAAUUGAUUAAUUUCAUCUUGAUGAUGUUAUUCCAUGUAAGGAUUAGAAUGCUCUUAUUUGCUCAAAUGAAAAUGCUACUAUUAUUGUUAUCUAUCAAUAAAAUUAAUUAAAGCAUUAUGAAGAAAUUGAGGGUCGAAUAAAAUUAAUUUUUUAAUAAGAACUAUGCUAGUUUAAAAGAUAAUACUAUCUAUAACAAUUAGAAUUACCUACUAAAAUUGCUUUAAACAAAAGAGGAGAUAUAUUAUUAAUUGAAAUUAACAAAACAAAAUUUAAUUUAUAUUACAAAAAGGCAUAAUUAUAGAAUUGGACAUUUUUUUAUCAUAAUUAUACUUAGACUGUUAAUUUAUAAAUAUAAGAUUAUAAAAUUUAUGGCUCUUACACUUUAAAAUCAUUUCAUUCAUAAUUUUCAUGUUUUCUAUUGUAGAAGAAGGAAAAUACUACAACUAUAGUUUUAAAUAUAAAAAAUACUCCUUAGAUCAAGAAAUUAUAUUAAUAAUAAAUCGAAAUAACAGAUUGUAUAUUAAAUGAAGUAAAUAAUUUAAUUGUUGGCAGAGAAUUUAAUUAACUGAAUAUUUAUAAAUGGAAAAAAAUUAUUCCAUUUCAAUAAAUUAAUUUGCCAAAUGGUCUUCUUUAUACAAAAUUUGAUUCUUUCAAUAACUUAAUAUUAUUGACAAAAGCUCAUUUAGAAAUUUAUGUUUAAUAGAUAGGAUAAACCUAUCAAAAAGUUGCAGGAAUACCAAUAAUAAAUAAUAAUUAAAUUUCUGACAUUGUUCCUAUUGAUGCUUAUAUAAUCAUUUAAAGAACUUACUUAGGUGCAGAAGUUGCCUAAGUAAUGUUAAUUGAGGAUAACAAUGUAUAAAAUGUUGGAAAAAUUACAUGUCGGUCAAUAAUUACUUCGCCUAAUCAUUCAUUUUAUUUAGUAAUUAAAGACAAUUAAAUUGAAAUUUAUAGACACAAUUGA